UGUGGUUCAUACAUUUUCAGUUUUGAUUUUGAUAUCUUCCUUGGUUUUGAUUUUUCUUGACAUUUCUGUUCUAUUUUCAUUUUCUCAUUUAUAUAAAUUUGUUUAAACAGUUCCGUAAAGAAACAGAAGACAUACAAACAUUUAAUAAUGAAAAAUAACUCAGUGUAACAAUGGGUAUAAAAAAGAAAAAAAACAUCAUAAUUCUUACAGCUUGUAUGGUUUUAUGUUUCAUUUUGUAUCAGUUGUAUUUCUUUCUGACAAUAACCUCCGAAACUAUGAGUGGAAACAAAUUAAUACCAAUAAUAAAUCACGUAAACCUAGGUGGAUCACAUUUACGUUCAGAAGCCGAUAGAUUUAUAAAUGAUAAUGGAAUAAUACGCGGAGUGUAUUACUUGUCAAUGCCGAGAUACCGGCCGGAAAUGAAUGAAUUCAAAUGUUUGAAUUCCGAACAGCGCAUUCCUUAUGAAAAUGUAAAUGAUGAUUACUGCGAUUGCUUGGAUGCUACGGAUGAACCCAGCACUAAUGCGUGUUUAAAUGGAACUUUUUAUUGUGACACACAGUACCAGAGCAAGCCUGUGACGCUCCACAAAAUACCAUCGAAUAAAGUGAAUGAUGGUAUCUGUGAUUGCUGUGAUGGUUCAGAUGAAUGGGAUCAUUCUGAUGACCAAAAAUUGCUAUCUCAAAGUAAUUCUAGACAUUAUAGAUACUAUAUAUCAAAGUGUUCAAAUAACUGCUAAGAUAGUUAAUAUGUUGUAGCAAGAAAGAUUGGCCACAUUGAAAUCUUGUGCCUCCUGGAAAGCGCUCUGCACAUACCAUCUUGAAAAUGUAUAUAGAUGUGUAUGUCAUCUGACAGUUAACUAUAAAAAAAUGUGAUAUUAUGUGGCUACUCUUAAUUCAAUUAUUGUGUUCUGAAAUAUUUAUAAACUUAGAUAGUUUAAUAAUAUGUGCAACUACUACUUUAAGAAUCUUGUAAAUUUUUAUAAGUAGGUACAGGAUUUUAAUGAACUUUUAUUCUUAUAGUUAUUACUUCUUCAUCACUACUCAUAGCAUACUUAUGCUGUGGUGUUUAAUUCCUGUACCUAAUUAUAAAAAUACUUUAAGAAUCAUGUCAAGAAUUUGUUAGUAUCUUUUUAUCUAUGUCAAAAACAAUAACCGAAAUAUCUAGAAUUUUACUGAUGAUACCAGGUUUUUUGUUCAAUCUAUGGGAAAUACACAUCAUUAUGAGUAAUAAUUACGUACAUAUAUAUAAAUUUGAUUAUGGCA